CUCUUCAUAUUGAGAAUAGACAAGGAUAAGCAAGGAUGAGUAGACUACAACUCCAGCAACAAGUGGGAGGUGAAAAGUGAUCCAGUCCAUGUAUCGUUAGCAAGUGACGUCGACAUGAAGCGCAUAUAUUUMUAUUGCCUGCGUUAAUAUAGGCUGCUUUCAGAUUUUGAUUUUACGCACAUUCAGUAUAGUCUGCAUCUUCAUCAGUUUGUUCAUCUACACCUGACCAAACUUCUGACAACUUUUUUACGUUGCAACACUGUUCAACGCGACUCCGGACCCGCGACGAGAAUUGAUCAUGUGCGCCGACUGCCUGAAUCCAUGCAAGGACAGAGAAAGUUGCAGAAAGGUUUUGAACUCAGGCGAGAUGGACAGUGAGCCGCGUAUGAUGAAAGAAGAAGAAUCCGACUUUGACCACAGAGAUGUUGGUAUCUGUCAGAAAGGAUGCGGGCUUCUCUUGUCCCAUACAGACAUUGUCCAGGGAGACCAUUGCUGCUUGGAUGCGCUUCGUAUGCUGAAUGAUGGGCUCCAGGAGAGAAGCGCUACCAUGGAGCACGAAGGCCGAAUGCAGAGGCUCAGGUGGGGUAGGAGAGAGCAAUCCCUCCUCGCCCAGGUGUCAUCCAUCCAGAGCGAAGCACAGCUGACUGCUUUGAAGUACAAGCGAAAGUUACACCAAUACAUGUUGAAUAUCAACAACAUAACCGAACAGGUUAUUGGACGUUACAAGCAGCCUAUACAGAGUAACUCGGGAGCCCCUGGACUCUGUGUGUCCCAGGUGUCUGAUCAGGGUCUAGCUGAUGCAGUGUUCGGGCUCCAGGACCUGGAGGAGCAUGGCGGGGUACCAGAGGAAGUWGGCUAG